CCUUCCGCCGCGACCGCGAGAGAGCGACGCCGCUGCUGAAUCGGCGAGGCUCGGGUUGUCGCGCGAGGGUGAUUCACCGCGCGCGCACGGACGUCCGGCCGCAGCGUUUAGCUGUGUGCACGGCACGGGCCCGCAACCCGAUGGCCCCGGACCCGCCGGGACGGCGACUUCCGUGGUCAGUCGCUCCUCCACGUCGCUCGUUCGCGUCGAAGACCCGCCCGGGCCGCUCCCCAUGGCCACAGCUCAAAUCCGGAUUGGGGUGGGAAAGCUAGGCUGAGAAUCGCUUCGUCCCGACAGCCACUACUAGCUGCCCAGCGAGUUUGCUCCGGUGCCCCGUGCGCGAUGAAGGGUGACGAGAAGUCGGCGGGCGGGGCCCCUGCGUACUGGGGCCUCGGCGCGCGGCCCUGCGACGCAUGCGGCGCCGAGGCGGCGCGCCUCUACUGCCGCGCGGACGCGGCGUUCCUGUGCGCCGGGUGCGACGCGCGGGCGCACGGCGCCGGGUCGCGCCACGCGCGAGUGUGGCUCUGCGAGGUCUGCGAGCACGCGCCGGCGGCGGUCACGUGCCGCGCCGACGCGGCCGCGCUCUGCGCCUCCUGCGAUGCCGACAUCCACUCGGCGAACCCGCUCGCGAGCCGCCACGAGCGCCUUCCCGUGGCACCCUUCUUCGGCGAGCUGGCCGACGCGCCCAAGCCCUUCGCCUCGUCGGCGGCCGUGCCCAAAGCGGCCGACGACGACGGGAGCAACGAGGCCGAGGCUGCGUCGUGGCUCCUUCCCGAGCCCGACCACGGGCAGAAAGAAGGCGCCACGACGGAGGUGUUCUUCGCGGACUCCGACCCAUACCUCGACCUCGACUUCGCGCGUUCCAUGGACGACAUCAAGACCAUCGGCGUCCAGGGCGGGCCACCAGAGCUCGACCUCGCCGGCGCCAAGCUCUUCUACUCCGAUGACUCCAUGAACCACAGUGUAUCAUCGUCGGAGGCGGCGGUGGUGCCCGACGCGGUGGCUGGCGCGGCGCCCGAGGUGGCAGUGGUCUGCAGGGGCCUGGAGCGGGAGGCGCGGCUGAUGCGGUACCGGGAGAAGCGCAAGAGCAGGCGGUUCGACAAGACGAUUCGGUACGCGUCCCGCAAGGCCUACGCUGAGACGCGGCCGCGCAUCAAGGGCCGGUUCGCCAAGCGCACGCCCGGGGCUGGGGCGGACGGCGAGGAGCCGCUGGAGGAGCACGAGGAGAUCUACUCCUCGGCCGCGGCCGCCGUGGCUGCGCUCAUGGCCCCCGGGGGAGCCGACGCGGACUACGGUGUCGUGCCCACUCAUUGAUCUAUGCACUUGCAAAGCCGACAUGUACACUAGCUAGUUAGCCUCGAGAUUUGGGGCUGUAAUUUUUGCUGCAUGCUCUGCAUGCAAAACUCUCGUAUACCAUUGAUUACCUGUAUGAUUAGACAUGAGCGGGGAGGGGGAAUUCAUUAAACAGCACUGAUCUAUCA